CAAAAUUUGGGGAAAAAUCCAUCUUCUGACCUAAUAGACAAAGAGCGAGAAUCAAACAUUUAUUUCCGAAUUCCUUCGCCGUCUGAAUUACUUUUGCUAAUCGAGUCCUGAAAUCAUUGUUUGUUUUCCCAUUUUACUUCAUGGCGGCGGCGAUAACAGAAGAGCAGAGUAGAAAGCGGGUGAAGCAUUCGCAGUCGAUUGAUAGAAUCAGCGAUUUGCCGGAAUCAGUGAUUUGUCACAUCCUCUCUUUUCUCCGGACCAAAUGCUCCGUAAGAACCAGUAUUCUAUCUAGAAGAUGGAUGCAUCUCUGGUCCUACGUCCCCAAUCUACUCUUCCACAACGAGAAUCAAGAAAUCAUCAACAGUGUUAUGCUGCUCCACAAAGUGCAAACCAUCGAUAUAUUCCGCCUCUUUCAUAUUGAAUGCAGCGACUAUCAACUGCGGACAUGGCUUACUUUUGCCGUUGCACGUAACGUGCAGAGGCUCGAUCUUUGUUUUCAUUCUAAAGAAGAUGUUCGAGGCUUUCUGCCUCGAUGCCUCUUCACCUGCAAAACACUUGUUGCUAUGAGGCUCCGCUCUUGCGGUGUUAUCCCCGCCGUACACGGCGCCGUGUGUUUGCCUCACCUCAAGAAGCUUCAUCUAAUUUACAUUCGUUUCGAGGCAGAUGAGUCCCUUACGCACCUUAUUUCCGGCUGUCCGGUGCUUCUGGAGUUGUCUAUCAAAUUAUCACAUGCUAUGGUUUGUUGUAAUGUAUCUUCACCUACAAUUAAAAGGCUCAUGCUCGAUUUUAAAUCCGAUGGCACCAGGUUGGAGAUAAAUACCCCUGCACUUAAAUAUCUCAAGAUAAGUGAUUCUUUCUCUGAGCAUAUUAAAUGUGGGGCGCUAAACUCCUUAACUAAAGCAGAUAUCAAUCUUAUCAAUGACGAUAACAAACCGGACUAUUUUCUUUAUUCUCGAUCUCUGCUAGAACUCAUUGAUCAGUUUCGCAAUGUCAAGUGCCUAAAAUUAGUUUUAUCGUAUUGUCCAAAGAUUAUUGACUCGGUAGUCUAUGCUUGGACUACAAGUUUUCCUAAGUUAACCAGACUCCAAUUGACUGCCGAUAUUCGUUUUAUCUCAAUGUUCCUAAAAAAUACCGAAAAUCUUGAAUUCCUCAUUUUAUCUGAGUUGUGCGAAGAAAUAGAAGGUUGGAUGGAACCACUACAAAACGUGCCGACAUGCCUAUUAUCACAUCUUAAAAUUAUAAAUAUUGUUAACAUCAAAGGUAAAAAGCACGAGCUUGAAAUUAUAAAAUAUCUAUUGAGGAAUGCUAAUGUCUUGGAGAGGAUGGAAAUAUUAUAUCCCGGUUCCCUUAGUUCCAACGAAGAAAAUAAUAUGCUAAAGAAGAUCUCACUUUUUCAACGCGGAUCCAGAGCAUGUAAAGUUGCCUUUGGUGCUGCCUGAAAGUACCUUGACGCACUUUUUCUUCAUAAUUGCUUUACGCACUUAUCUCUGUUUUGUUAUGACCUACAAAACUCUCAUCUUUACUUCAGUUUUUUUGUAACUGCAAUGUGAUAAAACAAACAUAUAGUUUUUGUAAUUGCGGGAAGAAAGAUGAGUAUGUUUUUGUCAAGAAGAUUGUCUAUGAAGAGCUCCUAUACUACUAGUUACGUUGUUAUUUCCACUUUAGGCACAAGUCUUCAUUUCUU